AUGUCUCAGACAUACGAAGCAGAAAAGCAGGUAGCCAUCGCUGCCGUCAGGCGUGCAUGUGCCUUGACUGCCUCGGUCUUCAACAAGCUCGCCAAGAACGAAACGUUGCUGAAGGAAGACGAGAGCCCAGUUACAAUUGGAGACUACUCUGCGCAGGCGGUCAUCGGCACCGUCCUCUGCCGCGCUUUCCCAGACGACCCCAUCGUCGGCGAAGAAGAUGCCGCCUACCUACGUUCAGAACGCGGAGUGGCUAUGCGCAAACGCAUCGUCGAGCUCACAAAUGAGGCGUUUACUGCGCCGCUACAGCUUGGGGAGAAGGAGUGGGGGCUGGGUCCGAGCUACGCCCAGAGCCCGGAGCAGAUCAUGGAUAUCAUCGACCGUGGGAGCUAUAGUGGUGGCCGGACAGGGCGUUUCUGGACACUGGACCCAAUCGACGGCACGAAGGGCUUCCUUCGCGGCGAGCAGUACGCUGUCUGCCUCGCGCUCAUUAAGGACGCACGCGUCGAGCUCGGCGUCAUGGGCUGUCCAAACCUCCCUGUAGACGCGUCGAGCCCCGACGGUGCGCGCGGCUGCCUGUUUGUCGCAGCGCGCGGGGCAGGCGCGUGGCAGCUGCCGCUCACCGCGGGCGACCCCGGUGCGCCGGUGCGGCUGACGAUCCCGACGUGCGCGCAGGACGCGCUCAACCUGCUCGAGCCCGCCGAGGCGACGCACUCGCGGCGCUCGUUUAACGAGCGCGUUGCGGAGCUGCUUGGUAUCACACGUGCGCCGACGCGAAUGGACAGCCAGGCCAAGUACUGCGCGCUCGCGCGCAGUGAUGGCGGAGUCUACCUGCGUAUACCCCAUGAUGUCAGAGACAGGGCGAUGAUUUGGGAUCAUGCCCCUGGAUCCGUUCUGGUUGAAGAAGCGGGCGGGAUAAUCACCGAUUCCCGAGGCUUGCCGCUGUACUUCGGUCUCGGUCGCACUCUUGACGGUAACUUCGGUGUGAUAGCCUCUGGCAAGCCCGUCCACGCCCAAGUGCUCGAAGGCGUGAAAAAGGUCAUGGAAGAGGAAUUAACAUAACGAAGCGCAGCUUACCCACUUGGGAAAGGUGCAAGAGCCCUGACGCAACGC